AUGCGUCCUUCUUUUUCUCAAAUCAUUCGACUCUGGGUCAGUAAACCUAUCCGUUGGGUGCCUCCAUUACUCUCCUUCAUUUUCAUUUUCUGGUUUUUCUGGCCUAGUCUAUUCCAUAUCCCACCUCCGCAUCGCCAUCACGCCCCAAUUGGACACCCACAUCGACCUCCGUCUAGACCAUGGCACGGAGAUGUUGACCUUGAUAUCAACUGGCCAUCUCGGGCGAGCGAAGUCAAAAAGGCGUUUAUACAUGCUUACGAGGGGUACAAGAAAUAUGCCUGGAGAGCGGAUGAGUUGAAGCCAGUUCGUGCAGAACAAGUUAACAACUUCAACGGCUGGGGUGUAACGAUGUACGAUGCGCUAGAUACGAUGUGGAUUAUGGGGCUGAAAGACGAUUUCAACGAGGCGGUGGACGUUAUUGCUGAAGAAGAUUUCGAGCUUUCUCCAAGCGAUUUCGCCCCAUUUUUCGAAACCGUUAUUAGAUAUCUUGGCGGACUAUUAUCUGCAUACGCUUUAUCUGGAAACACUAUACUCCUUCAAAAAGCAGACCAACUAGGACAUGCACUCCUACCCGCGUUCGAGACCCCUUCAGGGCUCCCCAUGUUCGCUGUGAACACUCUGACUGGUACUACUCGAGGAGGAUGGACAGGCUCAACAUUAUGGGCGGAAGCGUUGAGUAACCAGAUGGAGUACAAGUACCUCGCGCAUCUCACCGGAAAGAGAGAAUACUUUGAGAAGACGGAACGCGCGAUGAAGGCCAUGUACGACUCGAAUAUCACUGAUGGCAUUUUCCCGACACAAUGGAAUACCAACAGGGCGACGCCAAGUAGUAAUGUCCAAGCUUCCACCUCCAUAAUUCAAAACUUGCUUUACAUCUCUCCUGAUAGAGACCUUCUCUAUGUGACCGACACCACAUUUGAUCCCUCCAACAAAACCAUUCCACACGUUCCUUCUCACAGAUUCGAACAUUUAUCAUGCUUCCUUCCGGGUUUACUCGCCCUCGGCGUCAACACACUCAAUUUCGACGAUCCUGAUGUUAGUUGGUUCGACAAAGAACAGCGGGAGCUUCAUUUAUGGGCCGCUCAGGGCCUCGCUUAUGCCUGUUGGCUAAGCUAUGCAGAUCAGAAAACGGGACUGGGACCGGACGAGAUGUAUAUGUUAUAUACGCCGUCGGAGGUCUUGACGGAGACAACGAAUGGGAGGGUUUCGACCGUUCCUCAGAGACCAAAGGGCUUAUGGAUCGAUCUUGUAGACGAGUGGAAAAGGCUCGGAAAACCGCAUAGAAGACCACCUGGAUUGAGAGAGGUACCAUCGGAACCUAUAUCCAGUAGGAGAGGCUAUACACAUGGCAAGUCGUCGUAUCUGUUGAGGCCAGAGACGAUUGAAAGUUUUUAUAUCCUGUGGCGGACCACCGGCGAUGAGAGAUGGCGAGAUCGAGGAUGGGCUAUCUUCGAAGCAAUCGAGAGGCACGCUAAAACAGAAUACGGUUAUGCUAGUGUGCUGGCUGUUGACAAGACUCCGGUGUUGAAGGACGAGAUGCCAAGUUAUUUCUUGGCUGAGACGCUCAAAUACCUCUACCUGCUCUUCACUGAUGAAGAGAUUAUACCACUUGAUAAGUGGGUGUUCAACACCGAAGCCCAUCCAUUACCGAUAUUCGAAUGGACGGACGAGGAAAAGGAGGUGUAUGGAAUAAACUAA